ACCCUGCACCUUGUACGUACGUUUCUCUCCCUCGCACGACUUGCUCGUUCUUUCUGAAAGAUGAAAAAUUGGUCGAAGGAGGGGUGGCGCUGGGUAUCUAAGAUCACCAAUUCUCACGUUCAUUUUCAGGCAAAUGUCAACCCCGCGAUCGUGUCUCGGCGAUUUGGAAGCGCUAUUAAGGGUGCGGAUCAUCAUCAAUUGACGAGGGAUUUCCUCGUUAAGCUUUGGGUUUCUGAUACCAAAAUCAGGAACCCCAGGGGAAAGCAGGGGAGAAAAUUCGUUAAGUGUCGAGGUUGUGGUUAUGGUGACCCUAAAUCGUUUUCGGGUUCAUCCGUUGCGCAGCACCGUGAUGAUGGUGUCAUCAGCAGAGGUAAACGGGUCUUGAAGCAGCCCCCUAUCAGUCAAUCUGUCUCUGAGUUUUUAGACCCCCAGUCUCCUCAAGAGGCCAAGGUAGCACCUCUGCUUGCCAGGUCCAACUUGCUCAUUACCAGAGAUAUCGAGUGGGCAAAUCUUGUGCUUGGCUUUGAACAGGAAAAUCGUUAUGCCAUUGUAGAUGCUUGCUACCCUCAGUCGCCUGUAGGUUUUAUUCGUGAACAGAGUAAUGUCAUUACCAGACAGUUGCUUCGUCUAAGGCGGCCUUUUGUUGCAUGUAUAACUGAUGCUUUGGGGAGUGAGCUCUUUAGGGUUCGCAGACCCUUCUGGUGGAUAACAAGCUCAAUUUAUGCUGAAAUUGAUGGUAAGGAAGUUGGAGUUGUUCACAGGCGGUGGCAUCUCUGGAGGAGAAUCUAUGAUUUGUACCUGGGGAAUAAGCAAUUUGCUGUGGUUGAGAAUCCUGGCUUGUGGAAUUGGACAUUCACCUUAAAAGAUAUUAAUGGUGAGGUGCUUGCUCAAAUAGAUCGUGAUUGGAGGGGUUUUGGAUUUGAGAUUUUGACUGAUGCUGGUCAGUAUGUGAUUCGAUUUGGGAGUUCUGAUCCUAGCUCCAAGAUUGGCCUUGCUACUGCGAUUCAAGACCUGGAAGUCAGUCGUCCACUGACCCUCGCGGAGAGAGCUGUGACUGUAGCUCUUGCUAUAUCACUAGACAAUGACUACUUCUCAAGACAUGGAGGCUGGGGAUUACCCUUGAUUGCUGUCGGUGAGUAAAUACGAUUUCACAGAGUAACCUGGUUAGCUACCACCAGCGUAAUCCCUGAAGCCAGAAUUUCUACAGAGUAAUUUUUAAAAUUGAAGGGGUUCUCUAAGCUACCACCACGGUUGACUCGUUUGCGUACGCAUGAUAGCUGGUAGUGGGUCCAUUUAUUAAUGUAACAAAGUCUGAAAUUUAACUCUUCAAUUUACUUGUGCUUCUUGUUGAUUCCCUUUGCUGGAAUGCAAAGGAAUGGGAUAAUUACUAUUAUUGCUUUUUUAGUUGGGCAAAAAUGAUUUAAGAUGGAUUUUUAAUCCAUAUACAACUACAAGGACCUUUUAUCUUUGAACUGGUUUCAAUUUUUGGUCAAAUGGUUAAUGCCGCUAUUCACGAAGACAAGCAUUAAGCGAUGUUAAAUUGACCAGUGUGAUGGGAUGUUG